CAGCGAGUGCAGAAGGUUUCACUGAAACAGAAAGCGCAGUCCUCUCGGCACCCUGCAAUGGAGUGAACCUCGGUUAGAGCAGCGACCACUGAAAAAAGAUGGAGCUCUUCGUUUCCUUUCCUGAGCACAAACUGAAGGUAUCUCCGGCUUCACACAGGGCUUUAACCCAGAGAGUCCCACGGACCGGCUGGGUGUACAGGGAGGUGAAGAAACCCGAGAGCGUAUCAGACCACAUGUACCGCAUGGCCAUGAUGUCUCUGACCAUCACUGACCCCACAGUGGACAAGGACAGGUGUAUAAAGCUGGCUCUGGUUCACGACAUGGCAGAGUGCAUUGUGGGAGAUAUCGCUCCCUCGGACAACGUCAGUAAAGCAGAGAAGCACAGGAGAGAAGAGGAAGCGAUGAGACAUCUGUCCAGUCUCCUGCCAGAGGGUCUCAAGCAGGAGAUGUAUGGGCUGUGGGAGGAGUAUGAAACUCAGAGCAGUGCCGAGGCCAGGCUGGUGAAACAGUUUGACCUCCUGGAGAUGAUCCUGCAGGCUCACGAGUAUGAAGAGCUGGAGGGAGCGCCGGGGAGACUUCAGGAGUUCUUCGACUCCACCAGCGGCCGUUUCCACCACCCAGACGUGCUCCAGCUCCUCAGCUCUUUGAAUGAAGAGAGAGGCCGUCACAUGAACAAAAAUGAUACCACAAAGAACUCUGGGAACUCUGAGGCCUCUGGUGGCGUAUCUGAACGGCCACACUCACCUCCACACAACUCCUGACUGUAACACAAAAAGCACAGACUCAUCCCUAGUGGACAGACACAGAUAAUGGACACACACCUAUGUCACGUGACCAGAUGCGUGAGAGGAGGUGGGAAACUGAAUUUUGGGAAAAUCUUUUUACCUCAGUGUUAGAUCCAUGCUGUCCUGGAACCUGUAUCAGCCAUUUUCUAUAAAAGAUCCAUUCUGAUUAUUACCAAUACAAAUACCACCAGAUAAUAUAUGAAUACAAUAUGAUUCAAUGUUUCAGAUAUUGUACAGAGAGAAACUACUUGACAAUACCAACACUUUCUUUACAGGUUGACAUGUUAAUAAAAGUACAUAAUCUGGCAGAUAUUACAUAACAAUAAAUAGUGCUCAUCUAUUUUCUAGUGAAGUCUCUCUGUGCAGUACGCAGGGUCUGACAUGUUUUUUUUUUGUGGCAUUUUGCUUAUAUUGACAGGACGGUUAGUUUGAAAUUGGGAGAGAGAGAAGGGAUCGGAAUCGAACCCACGACCUCUGCUUGAGGACACAUGCCUACGUUUGCUUUGUUGUUUUUCUCAGUUUUUUCUGCAGCUUCAGUCACAGUUCUUUGUUUUAAAAACAGUCACACGUCAUUUUUGGUUUAAGUGAUUUUUAUUAUCAGACAUAAAAACAGUUAUUUAACACAGUGUGUAAUUAAAUGUAUGAAUACAACUGAAUAUGUUAAACACAAGGAUGUUAUAAGUCAAUGUCACAGUUUAUGUCUUUGGGAGUUUUAGUACAAGCUUUUCUUUUUAAGAUCUGAGUACAAUUUGAUUUCAAGCCAUGGUUAACAUACAAAUAUAUAACAUAAACUGGGUUUUAUAUGUUCAAUGAUAAUAAAUCAGACCUCACAACCUUUUCUUGCAUCACAUAAGUUAUGUUCUGUAAAUAUUGACCUAAAGUUUCAUGGACGGACUGAAAUGAUCCAGGGCUUUUUAUCACCUUAACACAUGAAAGACAGUAUUUAUUAAAAAAGAGACAUGAUCAUAUUUACUUUAUCUUUGGUGGUGUCAACCUUCUCAUAGUGACGGUAGAAACGAAACACUCUUUCAGCUUUAAACGGGUUAGUUGUGCUCAAACUCAGAUCUGAGCUGGUGUAGGUUACGACGUGUGCUGGGUUUCAGGGUCACGUUACAGUGACUGGUUGUGUUACAGUCUGAUACUCAGUACAUGUACAAUACAUGUAUAUCCUGUGAAUCAGCAGCAGGUGACAUAAACAUAUAUUUUUUAGAACGUUCAGUUCAAAUACAGCUACACCAUUCUAUACUGACUCAAAGUUCUCUAGUUCGUAUUACAUAUCCUCAGUCACAGCUGUCUUAGAGCUAAAUUGUUUGCAGAAAAUCCAGCAUCAGAUUUCAUCAUUCUUGAUUUAGCAGAUAAUUUUUUGUUAGUCAUUAAAAACCAAAACUUCACGACAUCAUUACAUUUAUUCAUAAACAAAAGGUAACGUGUGUCCAUAUUUCACAGCACGUGUGUCGUGUGUAGUGAAAUAUAGUGUCUCGUUGCCUCUUAUAAAAACUUCCUGUAGUUUGAAUUAACUGAGUAUAUAUCAUUCAUUGGUAUGAUCCAGCAUUAAAACGGGCUCCAGCAAACGUGUUUUACAUUGAACAAGUUAUUUGACUGCAAUUUACAAAAGAUCUUUAGGUGUUGUGAUCAAAUCUUAAAGCAAUAAUGUCAAACAUUUGCUGGUUUUAGCUACAAAGUGAUUUUGUAUUUGGUGUUUCUGGUCAUGUACAGCAGUAAAUGAGUUUUGGACUAAUGGACGGGAAAAACUAAAAAACUCUUGAAUACCCUCUAAGGCCUUUUUGAAGAAGAAAUAUAAAAUGAAUUCCAUGCUUUUUAAGACUUUUAAAAUCUGCAGAUUCCCUGCAGGAACACAUAUCUUGUCUUAGUGUAAAAUCAAUCAGUUGGUGUUAUAUACA